AUGAAGUCAUCCAUCAUGUGUAAACCAACUUGGAUUGUAAAUGGUCAAACCAAAAGUCUUGUUGUUCUAAAUGCUUUUGCUGCAUCAAAUACCAAAAUUUGGUACUUUGAUAGUGGUUUCUCUAAGCACAUGUUUGGCGACAAAAGUGUCUUUUCAUCUCUAGUUUCUAUUGACGGAGGCUUUGUGACUUUUGGUGGAGGUCACAAGGCACAAGUAGUGGGGAAAGGUACUGUUUGUAUCCCUAGAUUACCUCAGCUUAAGAAUGUUAGAUAUAUUGAGAGUCUCACAUCUAAUCUCAUUAAUGUGAGUCAGCUGUGUGAUGAUGGAGUUGUGGAAGUUAGAUUUUCUAAGUGUGUUGCAAAAUCAUUGGAAAAGGUGGAAAUGAGAUUGUGA